UACCUGAACCGAGACAGCGUCAUUCAUGAAAUAGUUUGACAUUAGACGUAUUGCUAAUUUGGUGUUAGCCUUUUAGGUGCUGCUGCCGCUGUGAUGGGUUCUGUCGUCUGGUUCGUAAAAUGGAGACUAAGGGGAGCGACGAGGUUGAGAAGCUCAAGUCUAGGUUCAUGUCAGCGUGGCACAAUGUGAAAUACAGCUGGGCACUCAAAUCUAAGACCUCCUUUAGCCGAAACUCACCAGUUGUCCUGUUGGGCAAAUGCUACCACUUCAAGGCAGAGGAUGACGAAAGCCCUUCGGAGAACGUCAGCACAAAGGCGUCAGAUGAGACAGUAGCGGUGGGUAAUGUGGAGGAAUUCCGCAAGGACUUUGCAUCCAAGCUGUGGUUCACAUACAGAGAAGACUUCACUGCCAUUUCGGGCUCUGGCCUGACAUCAGACUGUGGGUGGGGCUGCACUCUCAGGGCGGGGCAGAUGAUGCUCGCACAGGCCCUGCUGCUCCACUUCCUAGGCAGAGACUGGGUGUGGUCAGAGGCCUUGUCCUUACAGUCUCUGGAUACAGAGACCUGGACCAGCAGUGCUGCCCGCAGGCUGGUGGCCUCCCUUGAAGCUUCUCUCCAGAGCCGGCAACCCACAGCCCCUCAGCCUCUGUCCCAACCUCUGGGCAGGGCUGAGGAGGCAGACAGCCACCUCAGAGAGGUGUACCACCGCACCAUCCUGUCCUGGUUUGGUGACGAGCCCUCUGCUUGGCUGGGAAUACACAGACUAGUGGACCUGGGAAGGAGCCUGAGCAAGAAGCCCGGGGAUUGGUACGGCCCUUCCAUAGUGGCACACAUACUCAGAAAGGCUGUGGAGGAGAUUGCAGAGACAGCACUGGGUGGCCUAAACAUUUAUGUUGCUCAGGACUGCACAGUGUACAGUGCUGAUGUCCUCGAUACUCACUCAGUGCCUCAGGGCCAUCGGGGACCAGAGGGAGCCAUCCUAACGGACUCCAGAGCUGUGCUCAUCCUCGUUCCUGUGCGCUUGGGCGGAGAAAAAACCAACCCAGAGUACUUUAGCUUUGUCAAGGGUAUUUUAAGUCUGGACUACUGUGUGGGCAUUUUGGGGGGAAGGCCCAAACAGGCCUACUACUUUGUGGGUUUUCAAGAUGACAGUCUGAUUUACAUGGACCCUCAUUACUGUCAGCCUUUUGUGGACGUCAGCAGCUCCGAUUUCCCGCUGGAGUCCUUUCAUUGCCCAUCGCCAAAGAAGAUGCCUUUUACCAAAAUGGACCCGAGCUGCACCAUAGGCUUCUACUCCAGAAGUGUUCAAGAGUAUGACCGCAUCAGCAAGGAAGUGUCCAAGAUACUGCAGCCGUCGUCAAAAGAGAAAUACCCAGCAUUCACUUUUAUGAGUGGCCGUGGACAGGACUACCACCUCACCGGGCCCCCGGACAAGAGAGAGUGGCCCUUCAUUGUGGACGGCAGGAGGAUGGGAGCCACAGCAGGGGACUUUGUGCUUCUGUAGACCUGAGCGUACACACAGACUCCCUCAUCUGACAGUGUGUGGAUGAUCACUGUGCAACACAAGCUACGCCUUAGACCAUCUCAUUUCAGACUUAUCUCUGACAUGGCAAUGGAACUGCUCUCCGUCUCAAACUUAUAGACCAAACCCAGUAAACACCCAGUAUUACUCUUUUAGAGAGAGAACACACAUUUCAUGUCUCAGAUUCUCAGUAAUAGUAUUUGAAACACAGGUCCUUUUCAUUUCUUUCUCUUAUCUCUAUAUCCUUUAAAAGGCAUAUCACAUUGUAAAUUCAAACAGAAAACUAGUUGACAAAGCUGAAAGGUAGGUGAGUUGAAGAAUGUAAGCAGUGAGGAGAUUUAAGAGACAAACCUCUGACUCACCACAUUGAGUAAAUUACAGCAGAUGUCUGCACUAUUAAUGUUUUUUUAUGAGAUCUAAUGACCAACACAUCAGGUCAUUUCGAUUUACCCAAGAACAAGAGCCCAGACUCUGACAGCCACCUGCUCCACUGCUCUCUCACUGAGAGGGCUGGGCUAUAAUGCUCUCAGACAGACAGACAGACUGACAGACUGACUGACACUCAGACAGGACACACUGUUAUCUUCUCAUGGAGGGAAACAGACAGACAGACUGACACUCAGACAGGACACACUGUUAUCCUCUCAUGGAGGGAAACAGACAGACAGACUGACACUCAGACAGGACACACUGUUAUCUUCUCAUGGAGGGAAACAGACAGACAGACUGACACUCAGACAGGACACACUGUUAUCUUCUCAUGGAGGGAAACAGACAGACAGACAGACAAACAGGGCAAGCUAUAGUUUUCUCAGUUAGGGAGAGACAGACAGACAGACAGGGCUGUUUAUAAUGCUCUCAGCAAGUGAGAUAGACAGACAGACAGACAGACAGGGCUGCCUGUAAUGUUCUCAGUGAGAGAGACAGAUAAACCAGGCUUCCCAUGAUGCUCUUAGUGUGGGGAACAGACAGAGACUCAGUGUCAUUGCUGUAUUGCCAUUUUGAAGCCAGACUGUUUAUUGGACAGGCAGACACUCAGUGUCAUUGCUGUAUUGUUAGCAGAAGCUUUGUAAACCACACAAUCAUGUUUGUAUAUUUGUUUAAUUGUACAGGUUUAAAUGGACAUCUCAAUGCAGUAACACCAUCAAAGGGAAAUUUUUCUUCUAUUUCUUUCUUAACCUUUUUAAAGUACUAUAUAUAUACAGUCAUGCUGAUGAAUUGGGAACUAUUUAAAAGAACUUGUGGUUAGCAGGUCUUUGAUGCCAGAUCGGCAUCAUUCAGUUUAUAUCUAGGUAUGAUGGCUUUUAUAUUAUGAUUCACAUGUAGAACAUGACAUGGUUUGGUGUUUGCCUUUUAGUGUUGCCUAAAUCUUUUGAGAACUAGCGCACUCUAAUUGUGCUCACCAUGCGGCAG